GAUGCCCCUGCCCGGCUGCUCCGGCGUGGGGCAGUGCGAGCGGCGGCGGGGGAGUAGGCAGGGGGCGGCGGCUGCGGCGGCUGCAACAGAGGGGCCGAGGGCUGCAGGCGGCGGCGGCGGCGGCCUCGAAGGGCAUCGGCGGAGGCGGUGAUGGCAGCAGUGGUGAUCUGAAGAUGGAAAGAGCCAGGCGAAGGGGAGGCGGCGGCGGCGGCGGCCGUGGCCGCGGCGGCAAGAAUAUAGGGGGCUCUGGCCUCAGCAAGAGUAGACUCUAUCCUCAGGCCCCGCACUCCCACUACCCCCACUACGCGGCUUCAGCCACCCCUAACCAGGCUGGGGGCGCAGCCGAAAUCCAGGAGCUGGCCUCCAAAAGGGUGGACAUCCAGAAAAAGAGGUUUUACCUAGACGUGAAGCAAAGCUCCCGGGGCCGGUUCCUAAAGAUAGCCGAAGUCUGGAUAGGGAGAGGCCGGCAAGACAAUAUCAGAAAGAGUAAACUGACCCUCUCCCUGUCUGUGGCCGCGGAGCUGAAGGACUGUCUAGGGGACUUCAUCGAGCACUAUGCCCACCUGGGCCUGAAAGGCCACCGACAAGAGCAUGGUCACGGCAAAGAGCAAAGCUCCAGGAGGAGACAGAAGCACGCAGCACCCUCCCCACCAGUCUCUGUGGGGUCCGAAGAGCACCCUCACAGUGUCCUCAAAACAGACUACAUAGAGAGGGACAAUAGGAAAUACUAUCUAGACCUAAAGGAAAAUCAACGGGGUCGCUUCCUAAGGAUAAGACAAACCAUGAUCCGGGGGACUGGCAUGAUAGGUUAUUUUGGCCACACUUUGGGCCAAGAGCAGACUAUCGUCCUCCCAGCACAAGGGAUGAUUGAGUUUCGGGAUGCCUUGGUUCAGCUCAUUGAAGACUAUGGCGAAGGAGACAUAGAAGAACGCAGAGGUGGAGACGAUGACCCAGUCGAACUCCCAGAGGGGACUUCUUUCAGAGUGGACAAUAAAAGGUUCUACUUUGAUGUGGGCUCUAAUAAAUAUGGAAUUUUCCUGAAGGUAAGUGAGGUGAGGCCACCUUACCGUAAUACUAUUACUGUUCCAUUCAAAGCUUGGACAAGGUUUGGGGAGAAUUUUAUCAAGUACGAAGAAGAGAUGAGGAAAAUUUUCAACAGCCAUAAAGAAAAGAGGAUGGAUGGCAGAAGGGCCAGUGGUGAAGAGCAAGAAUGCCUCGACUAGAAUGAAAGUGAACUCCGUCAGGCAAAAGUUAAAAUCAUAAAUUGGCUAAAAGUACUGAUCCAUAAUCACUUGAAGAAAUUUUUCCUCUUUUUUUGGCCCUUUGUUAUGAGUAAUACCUCUAGUAGUUAUACUUCAAGGAGUCUGAUUCUCAUGUUAUGUUAUCCAUAAAACACUAUAAUUCUUAUGGGAAUUUCAACCUUCCCAGAGUUAAAUAGUUUAGCUGCUUCAGCUGCUCCAGACUAUUGAAGUAUGCAAAUCAGCACAAAGUGUGAUAUUCUGACCUUCUAGUUACCAUAACUAAGAUUAACAUUGCACUAUGACAUAAGCCUAAAAAAAGAUACAUAUACCUAAUAUGUAAGUGUGAAUUUCUAUUUAACAAGUUCCCCCAAAAAAGUAUUCCAUUCCUACUUCAUUAAAAGCUGCUAGGAUUACCUGUAGGACAGUUACCACAGAAACAGAAACUGACUUUUAUUAUAAAUAUAUUUAUUUACAAAAGUACGAGUAGAAAUAUAUUAAAUGUCCAUUGGAUAACUGAAUAUUAAACAGUACCAUUAAAGAAUCGAAUCUUAGAGUUACUAUAGUAUUCUAUAAUUUCAAAUUUUGUGGUGACCCUACAGUUUAUACUUGCCAUAUCAAUGCCAUGAGAGAGUUUUAAUUGGUUAUUCUAAGCUAGUUAUAAUCCCAUCUUCACCUCUGAUUAUUGUACCAUAUAUUAUUAUUGACUUUCCAAAGUUUCAGGAAUUACUUUUAUGUCACUGUUGCGUGGGAGGCUUUGCUAUGGAAAUCUUGAUAUUUUAGCUUUUCAUGCUAAUUUGAAGGUUGUGAGAGGUUCUUUCCCAAAAUACAUCAUGGACUCAAGGUGUUAUAUUUUAUGCUGCUGCUUUAACACUGUUUCAGAAGGGUUGGUGCACCAGUUACCUGAUAUAAAAAUAAUCUGUAAUAAUAUAUUUUAGUAGCACUUUUGCAGUUGCUACCCUGAAGUCCAUUUCAACACUUCCAGUAUAAACCUGACUUUUAAAGGUGUUUUAAUUCCAGGAAAAAAGAAGUUUUUUUCUAAAAAGCAUUUAGAAUAAAUGUACAAUUUCAGCCUGGAAAAAUAUAAUUUGAAGAUUGGUUAUAAACAUAUUUGAAAGAAUAAUUCAGGCAUUUUUCCAAGGUGCUCUUUAUGAUACUUUACACAAGGUUUACGUUACACAAGACUCACCCACUUACUGGUAUUAAAAAUUACUUUCCAGGAAGUGCCACAGCAAUUUUUCAACACCUAAGCAAUUUUUUAAACAAGUGGAUAUAAUGUAUAUGUGUACCAACCCACCCUGUAUUAACUGACUGAAAUUUUAUCUGUUGAGCUGCAUUUUAUCUGAAUGAAAUUACUGUCUUUUAUCUUGGCUUUAUUCACCUCCCACACAAUGAGUCCAUAUAAUCAUGUUUAAAAGCCAGACACUGAUUUCAACCCCCAAAUAUAGCUCUCAUUGAUGAGAGCUGGCUGCAUGGAUUGAGUUCAGAAUGUAGCUCUCCUUUUAUAUGCUAUAAGUAAUUCACAAUUAUUUUAACAGUUGUUUUCCCUCCAGAGGUUUGUCCCCAAAUACACUUAAGUAAGGUCACUAAAAAAACUUUAUGAUAUGAAUUAAGAAAAUUAAUUUCACUGAUUUACGCUACUUAAGAACGAGCAAUCAGUAACUUAGGCAUACAUACUGGUGUUGGCUUACUGAUUGUAUUCCCAGUUUCCUCAAGUAGUAUGAAGGAAUCUCCCCAGUUCAUUAUAAUUGUGGGCCAUCUGGAUCACUAUGGACCAGCUGAAGGUUAGAAGAUGGUGUUAGGACUAGAGUUAAUAGUUCAUGGCAGGUGUUGAGACUCUAAAAGUAGCAAGGAUCUUUAAACAGUCCUCACUGUAACAUAACUAUUCUAGGCUUGAUAAAAAGUAGUUUUGGGGUAUACGAAGGAGUGGUGUACACUUGAAUUACUGUACUACUGAUUGCUUUGCUGCCCAUCCUAGUGCCUAUUAAUAAUAAUCAACCUGUCAGAUUUUGGCAAACUGGAGCUGUGAAUAUUCCAGUAUUUGAGUGUUCCUAUCACUAUUGCUGUGACUGUAUACUCUCUCUUAAAACCUUCCCUUCCAAAAUAUUUAUAUCUGUUAAGUCUAAAUAAUUUCCUUCUUGGUUUUUAGUCUGCUAAGGUUUGAGUGUAUAUGUAUAUACACACACACACACAUCUAUGUGUGUGUUUAUAUGUGUGUUAUAUAUAUAUAUAUAUACAUACACAUGAUGCAAUGUCAGACUUAAAUAUUUUUAACUCAUUGUAUAUAAAUAUUAAUUAGUUUAAUUUUGCAUUAAUAAUUUAAGUGAAAAAUUGGUUAGGCAGCCAAGUUUUCUACAUUGUGUGUAUACUUCAGAGCUUUUACCAUCUCAGAGCCACAAGCUGGAUAGAUGCAUAUGUACUGGCAGUUGAAUAUAUACUUUAGAAUCAUCAAGCCUUCUUCCAGUCCUUUUGUUUCAUUUUUUUCAAAGUUAAUGUUCACCGAAAAAAUGAAAUGAUGCUAUGAUUUUUUUUGAUAAUUAAAAUUUCCAGUCAUUCAUUAGCCAUAAUCAAAUAAGAUCCAAUCCAAAACUCUGGUAUUAGGACAUGUACUGAGAUGUAUCUUAUAAAAUAAGCUACUAUUCUUAUCUGUGCAAUAAACAUUUUAUUUACUGUCAUUUGUAACAUAAAUGGAGCUGCAAGUGUACAUGGUACUCUUCGAAAUAAUAGGAUCCCUGCCUUGAAGACAUAAAACUCUUAAGGCAACUGGAUGUUAGAAGUCAAAAAGUGAGCAUUAAAGUUAGUAACCAAAAUUACUAGUUCACUAUAUAAUUCUAAAACUCCAAUGAUGUUUGCACAUAAUAAUCCUAGCAUAAUGUGGUACAGACUCAAAACUGUAAUAAUAUAAGCUGAUAGUAUGAAAUUUGGAAACGGGUCCCUCAUAAUCGUUGGCAGUGUGCUCCUACCAAUUGAAAGCAGCACUUAUCUGUUGCUUAUAUGCAAAAGGUGCAAUGUAUUAUAAAAGUAUUAAGCUUCUGCCACAUUUUAGAAUUUUCCUUGUUAAAGCCCCAAACUGCCAUGUCCCUUAAACUUGAGUCAAAAACAAGCUUAUUUGCACUAAAGAGCAUGGCCAAAAAAUAAAUGACAGGGUGGAAAAGCUAAUUGGAACCUCUUGAAAUAAUUGGUUCUAAUGGGAGAAUUUCACAUUUGUCUAUUUGAAAGCUAUAUGGUCCAGGCAGACAAUCUGUCAGUUCACUAAUUUAAUAAUGCACUUUACCUUUUGUAUAUAAAAGAUGUACAUUUAUGCCACUUGACCGGUGGGAUGUGUUUCAAUAACUAUGUAGUUAGAAUCUGUAGGGUGAGCUCUUGCAUGCAUAUGUUUGUGUUGGAACUGCCGUAGUAACAAGUUGCCAUUAAAUCAGUGUAAUGGAGAAGGGUAGAAGAUGUUUCUGAAGCAAAUCCCAAUACAUUUAACAAAGAAUUUUAAAGUAGAGUUCAUAUUUGUAUUCUUCAGGACUAGAAUCAAUAAAAAACUAUUUCUAGCCCAGGUUAGUAUUACAGUUGAGAUUAUAUCUAAUUGAGAUUCCCCAUAAUACCCUGAAAAUGAAUUUUGGGAAUUUGUGCAGGCAAAAAAAUUUUUAACAAUUCUGUUUCAUUGUU